ACAAGACAACAAAACCCCUCCAUAGAAGUUGUUGAUAGGAAAUACUGCUUUUUUGUGCCAAAUUUGACAUCAAUUUUUGUUAUUAAUUUAGUGAUGCAUUUAAAGUUUUAGGUGUCUGUUUGACCUGAUUUGUUUUAGAAAGAUAUUACAAUGGAUUUACACGCAGCCUCUCUUAAUACUAAACUCCUUCCAUACGAAGAAAAACAAUUGCUUAUACCCGAACUGCGGCCCAAAUUGUCUGGUUUUCGACAUCGUCCACCAAUAACAACACCUACUCCCCAAGUUAUGUUAUCGGCUCAUAGAGAAUUAGCUCAUGUUAAUAGGGCCUCGUUGGAGGAUAGAACUUAUAAAAGUCCCUCCCUUGAAUAUAGGAUCUGGUUAGAAGCUGGAAAACAAAAUAUGAAAACAGCGAAUAAAAAUCAUCCAAAGGUUUCCACCGGUCUUUGGAGGAAUAUACGAAAUGAAUACGGUCUUUCACGGGCUAAAUCCUCGGAGGAUGAAUCUGCUGAGUUUGUCGCUUCCUUAUAUCCCUUAUCCGUUCCUCAGCCUAGUCAAUUGAGGGAUAAUACGUAUGCCAAGUAUUUAACUGAAACACCAGAAAUUAUUAAAGAUGCUAGAAAGAGGCAAGUCGUGAUAGGAAAAGUUAUGACAGAGAAUAAAAGAAUGAAAGAGCUUCAAAUGAAAAGUCAUAUGAGAAAUCCACCUUUGGAUGAGAAUGAAAACGUAAUGCCUCCCCCAACAUGGAAGAAAUAUUAUAGAUUUAGAGGACAACCAUCUCCCGAAUUACCUCCUCCGAUCGAUCUUAACCGAGUUCGAACUGAUAUAUUUGGACAGCACGUUCCUACAAAGAGAGACAUGAAACUGUUAAAAUUGACUCUAAGGUCAAAUAAUCCAAAAUAUGAUGAUCUAAAAAGAGAGCUAACACAAGAAUAA